AUGGAUAGCAAGGUUGCCCCGCGGCUCCUGCUGCUGCUCGCCUGCGCCGGGCUCGGCGGUUCCGAGGAGAACAGGUCGGUACCGGGCUGGGAGCGGGAGGAGCGCACCUUUCAAACGCUGCCCCCUUCACAACGCGACGGCACGGCUGUGCUUUCCUUCCUCGGUUACACAGGCCAUGUGAAGCCGAAGUUUAAUGUCAGUCAGGUGGCAAUUGCACAGCUGGCUCCUGUGCUCUGCCGGGAUGCCGAACUGCUGAGCCCACCUCUCCUGACGGCGACCCUUUGUGUGCUCCCCCAGGUUGGCAGCCCCAGCUGGAGCAGGGGAGGGCAGGGGGAAGGAGCAGCCUGGGGGUCGUUCCCCCAGAGCCCCUGCAGCCCCCUGAACGUCACCAUCAACGGCAGCCCCUGCAUCCUCUUCUGGGCCAGGAGGAUCCUCAUCAGGCUGCAGAACCACAGCCAGCUGGACCUGACAGACAGGACCUUUGGGGUCCACGCCACCGUGGAUGUCGGGGACUCGAACUGCAGCCAGGACAGCGCCCUGCUUUCCCUGAAGUUUGGUGACAUUGGCAAUCUAAAGGGACUUGUUAUCAGGCUCCUGCUGACCACCAGCUCCUACCAGCUGUCCGUGCAGAGCUGGUUCAGCUUGCAGAGGCUGCAGCUGCUCUACAACCACUCGGUGCAGGCGACCUUCAGCGCCCCGGGGAUGGGCGCGCCCGCCACCUCCUCCUUCCGCUGCCACCACCUCAGCAGCCUGCACAGACACGAUGCUCUGCUGGUCCCCAGCUCUGCAGACGACCUCUCCCACCUCUGGGAGGUCACCUUCAUCGACUUCCAGAUUCAAGGUUUUAACGUGCAAGAAGGACAUUUUGCCUACGCCAGAGACUGUGCAUCCUUCUUCUCCCCAGCAAUCCUGAUGGGGCUGGUGAUGUCCCUGGUUCUGCUGCUGGUCCUGGCCUAUGCCCUGCACAUGCUCCUCCACCUGAAAUCUCUCGACAGGCACUACGAGUGCAAAGCUUCUCCUGCCUAUUUUGCACAGAUGAAGGACAGUGACAUGGGGGAUGAGAAGGAGCCGCUGAGGAACAGUGGAAAUGACUCCUAUGAACUCAGGAACCAACAGUUUGGUAAAAUUUAUAUUUAGAUGUUUUCCAUAUUUAGUGUUUCCUUCUGCUGGCACUGUUGUAUGUAGUCU